AUGGCUAAACGGAACAAAUCUUUUGCCUUCAUUCUUAUCAUUAUGGCAUUCUCUUGGUGGUUGAGCUUCCUACAUGGGAUGGCACGACCGUUGAAAAUUUCAGUGUUAGAUGAAAACGCUAAUAGAGAAAUGAAGAACGUCUUUCUAUUAUCCCCAUAUAAGAUAGUUAGGAACUCAUAUGUAAAUGACAUUAGCACUCAUGGAGAAGGAUGUGAGCCAGAUCCUGGUUCCCCAAAUUCGAGGGCUCUUGGUGAAGGACGUGAGCCAGAUCCCGGUUCCCCGAAUAUGAGGGCUCUUGGUGAAGGGCGUGAGCCAGAUCCUGGCUCCCCGAAUCCGAAGACGCUUGGUGAAGGACGUGAGCCAGAUCCCGGUUCCUCGAAUCCGAAGGCUCUUGGUGAAGGACGUGAGCCAGAUCCCGGUUCCCCGAAUCCGAAGGCUCUUGGUGAAGGUCGUGAGCCAGACCCCGGUUCCCCAAAUCCUAUGGCUCUCGGUGAAGGACGUGAGCCAAAUCCUGGUUCCCCGAAUCCGAAGACUCUUGCUGAAGGACGUGAGCCAGAUCCUGGUUCCCCGAAUAUGAAGGCUCUUGGUGAAGGACGUGAGCCAGAUCCAGGUUCCCCGAAUCCGAAGGCUCUUGGUGAAGGACGUGAGCCAGAUCCUGGUUCCCCGAAUUUGAAGGCUCUUGGUGAAGGCCGUGAGCCAGAUCCUGGUUCCCCAAAUUCGAAGGCUCUAAGUGAAGGUCGUGAGCCAGAUCCUGGUUCCCCGAAUCCGAAGGCUCUUGGUGAAGGACGUGAGCCAGACCCCGGUUCCCCUAAUCCUAUGGCUCUUGGUGAAGGACGUGAGCCAGAUCCUGGUUCCCUGAAUCCACAGGCUCUUGGUGAGGGACGUGAGCCAAAUCCUGGUUCCCCGAAUCCGCAGGCUCUUGGUGAGGGACGUGAGCUAGAUCCUGGUUCUCUGCAUUCGAAGGCUCUAAGUGAAGGACGUGAGCCAGAUCCCGGUUCCCCGAAUCCGAAGGCUCUUGUUGAAGGACGUGAGCCAGAUCCCGGUUCCCCAAAUCCUAUGGCUCUCGGUGAAGGACGUGAGCCAUAUCCUGGUUCCCCGAAUCCGAAGGCUCUUGCUGAAGGACGUGAGCCAGAUCCUGGUUCCCCGAAUAUGAAGGCUCUUGGUGAAGGACGUGAGCCAGAUCCAGGUUCCCCGAAUCCGAAGGCUCUUGGUGAAGGAUGUGAGCCAGAUCCUGGUUCCCCUAAUUCGAAGGCUCUAAGUGAAGGACGUGGGCCAGAUCCUCCUCACAUAGACCAUGUUCAACUUAACAAUUAG